AUGGAAUCAACAGAAAAUAAAGAAACGGAAAAAAAUUCAACAGAAAUCAGAGGCGGAAUGGAAAAACACCACAUGUGGAAACGUACUAACUAUGCAAAAGCUAAUGCUGUAGACACAACAGGUCUUUAUGGCGGUGGCAAACAAAAUGAAGCUGAACAUUUG